GUGGCCCGAGGCAGCCAGGAUGACAGCUGUCCCCAGGAAUCCUGCUGCCUGCUGAGAAACAUGGUCAGCAAGUCCCCUCCUCUGUGCAUGUGUCCUGCAGGCUGGAAGCUCCUGGCCAUGUUGGCUCUGGUCCUGGUCGUCAUGGUGUGGUAUUCCAUCUCCCGGGAAGACAGGUACAUCGAACUUUUUUAUUUUCCCAUUCCAGAGAAGAAGGAGCCGUGCCUCCAGGGUGAGGCAGAGAGCAAGGCCUCUAAGCUCUUUGGCAACUACUCCCGGGAUCAGCCCAUCUUCCUGCGGCUUAAGGAUUAUUUCUGGGUCAAGACACCAUCUGCUUAUGAGCUGCCCUAUGGGACCAAGGGGAGUGAGGAUCUGCUCCUCCGGGUGCUAGCCAUCACCAGCUCCUCCAUCCCCGAGAACAUCCAGAGCCUCAGGUGCCGCCGCUGCGUGGUCGUGGGGAACGGGCACCGGCUGCGGAACAGCUCGCUGGGAGAUGCCAUCAACAAGUACGAUGUGGUCAUCAGAUUGAACAAUGCCCCAGUGGCUGGCUAUGAGGGUGACGUGGGCUCCAAGACCACCAUGCGUCUCUUCUACCCUGAAUCUGCCCACUUCGACCCCAAAGUAGAAAACAAUCCAGACACACUCCUCGUCCUGGUAGCUUUCAAGGCCAUGGACUUCCACUGGAUUGAGACCAUCCUGAGUGAUAAGAAGCGGGUGCGAAAGGGUUUCUGGAAACAACCUCCCCUCAUCUGGGAUGUCAACCCUAAACAGAUUCGGAUUCUCAACCCCUUCUUCAUGGAGAUUGCAGCUGACAAACUGCUGAGCCUGCCAAUGCAACAGCCACGGAAGAUUAAACAGAAGCCCACCACAGGCCUGUUGGCCAUCACACUGGCCCUCCACCUCUGUGACUUGGUGCACAUUGCCGGCUUUGGCUACCCAGACGCCUACAACAAGAAGCAAACCAUUCACUACUAUGAGCAGAUCACGCUCAAGUCCAUGGCGGGGUCAGGCCAUAAUGUCUCCCAAGAGGCCCUGGCCAUUAAGCGGAUGCUGGAGAUGGGAGCUGUCAAGAACCUCACGUCCUUCUGACCUGGGCUGUAGCCUGUCGGUUGUUGCCUACUCUGCUGUCUCGGUGACCCCCGCCCAUGGCUGUGGGGGUGCCUGGUGCCAGUAUGACCCACUUGGACUCACCCCUUCUUGGGGAGGGAGUUCUGGGCCUGGCCAGGUCUGAGAUGAGGCCAUGCCCCUGGCUGCUCUUAUGGAGCCGAGAUCCAGUCAGGGUGGGGGCGCUGGAGCCGUGGGAGCCCGGCCAGGGCAGGGGGCUCGUUGCUGUGGCACCCCCUCUCUGCCAGCACCAAGAGAUUAUUUAAUGGGCUAUUUAAUUAAGGGGUAGGAAGGUGCUGUGGGCUGGUCCCACGCAUCCAGGAAGGAGGCCAGUAGAGUAUUCUGCCCACUUUUUAUACAAACCUACAGUGAUCGCCCCACCAAGGCCUAGACACGGCACUGGCCUCCCAGGAGGGCAGGGGCAUUGGGAAUGGGUGGGUGCCCUCCAGAGAGGGGCUGCUACCUCCCAGCAGGCAUGGGAAAAGCACUGGUGUGGGGGUUCCACCGAGAAGGGGACCUCAUCUAGAAAAGAGGUUACAAACCUACCAUUAAACUAUUUUUCCUAAAACGGAA